AUGUCGGCUCCGUCCUGCUGCCUGCGGGCUACCAACUUAGCCAGACAGCUUCGACUUGCACAACCCAGAGUCGCAUCGGCCUUUUCAUCCCGCACUCGGGCGAUAUCCACAAGAAGACCCUUACACUCGACGAACUCACCACGCGCGCCCGAACAUACCAGCCGAAGCACACAAUGGCAGACCAAGCACGCCGAUCAAACAAACAACCCUCGUGGUGGACACCAGAAAAGUCAAAAUGUCCUCUUGGCCGGAGCGUCGGGCGCAAGUCUGAUUGUACUAGGUGUUGCAGUAUCCAACCAUGAUUCUGCAGAUGAGCCUCAAGCCACGGCUGAAGACCAACUACAAGCCUCACCCGCAGAUGGUCGCGACCCUUCUCGACCACGAUACCGCCUGUCCGACAUCCGGGAACAACAUGGACCUGGGUCGAAGAACCCCUGGGUGACAUUUGAGGACAAGGUCUAUGAUAUUACAGACUGGGUUGGUGCACAUCCAGGCGGAGAUGUGAUACUACGGGCCGCAGGUGGCGCAAUUGAGCCCUACUGGGACAUAUUCACAAUACACAAGGCCACUCAUGUGCGUGAGAUUCUGAACCAGUACAUGAUAGGCUACAUUGCCACUGAGGACCUGGACCAGAGGACCGGCCGGCCAGCGGCUGAGACGAUAGAAGAUCCAUUUUCAACAGACCCUGUACGAGACCAGCGCCUGAUCAAGCACACGGCGAAGCCUUGUAAUGCGGAGCCGCCGCCAGAGGAACUCACCAAGGAUUUUAUCACCCCGCCUGAGCUUUUCUAUGUGCGCAAUCAUAUGUGGGUACCCGUGGUGAAGGAGGAUCAGGCAGAUGAUUAUGCCUUGACUAUAGAGCUUCCGGAUGGGGAAGAGCGUGUGUACACGCUGGCUGAGUUGCGUUCUCGGUUCCCCCUCCACCGUGUUACAGCUGCCCUCCAGUGCAGUGGGAACAGGCGGAGCGACAUGACUUCCUCAACCGCCGCCACCAAUGGCUUGCAGUGGGGCGUGGGAGCUAUCUCCAACACCAACUGGGAGGGCGUAAGACUGGCCGAUGUUCUUUUGGACGCGGGACUGAAGCCGGGAGAGUUCGUGCCAACUGCACUGACGACAGAAGGGAAGGAUGAUGCAGAUAGCCGCGAAAUGCACGUGCAAUUUUCUGCGCUCGAGGCCUACGGCGCAUCAAUCCCACUCUCCACGGCCCUGGACCCGCGAGCAGACGUCCUCCUUGCUUUCGACAUGAACGGGAAGCCACUACCUCGCGAUCAUGGAUACCCACUACGAACCAUUGUUCCCGGACAUGUAGCUGCCCGAUCCGUCAAGUGGCUCAACAAAAUUGUUGUUAGCGACGAAGAAUCUCCAAGCCAGUGGCAGCGUCGUGACUACAAAUGCUUUGGACCCAACGAAGGCUCAAAGCCCGACUGGGAUCGCUAUCCUGCGAUCCAAGAGAUGCCCAUUACUAGCGCUACCACUGGCGUUUGGGUUGGUGAUUGUGUACGGGCGGCAGCUGCAGCAGCAAAAUCGGGUACGGAGUGGAUGUUGCGGCGGACAGACGAAGCUCGUGCCGCGCCUGGAGUACGUGACUUGCCGGCCUGGCAACGUGAGCACCUCAACUCGAAAGAUCCCAAAUAUGCUCCCAAGAUGGAUGGUUCUGAGGGUGAUGUGCCGGUUGCCUUGAUGGGGUAUGCUUACUCCGGAGGCGGGAAACAUAUUAUCCGAGUUGAUGUAAGUGUCGACGGAGGCAGCACAUGGGCUCAAGCUGAGCUCCUUGACGAUUGUGGUCCGGGAGGUACAAACUGCAAAGGCUCAAAAUACUGGGCAUGGAGACGCUGGCGCUACGUUGGCAGUCUGCCCGAGCUUCACGAAACCCAAGGAGACAAAAAGUGCACGACUGUCCUGGUCAAGGCUACGGAUUCGGCCUACAACACUCAGCCGGAACAGCACACGGGUAUAUACAAUGUCCGUGGAAAUCUAGCCACGGCUUGGCACCGGCUUCUUAUAUGUCCUUCAUGUGUCAAAAAGCCCGAUGGAAAGACGACUUGGUGCACCGGUAACGGUGUCUAUGGUUCUGGUUUCUGCAAGCCGGAGGCGAUCGCCAUCAAGACCUGA